AAUGUAAGAAGGAAAACCUGAGAUCAUACGAUCCAGGUUUCGGUAUUAUUUCCUUUAAACAACAACAACAUCAUAUUAUUUUUGUGUUUUUGUAUAUUUUUGUAUUUAUCAUGACUGGUUGUUACAAGUUUACAUAAGAAACAAUUAUUUUUUUAUUAUUAUUAUCUAUUUUAUUUCUAUUGCUGUUAUUAAUUGUCUCAGUUAGUAGACCACCUCCACGAACUAUGGAUUCGCGGAGAUUUCGUCGACAAGUUAAACGUCUCAGACAAUCGAUGAGUGGACCAAAUUUAUCUUCACAAGAUCAAGAUGCAGCAAUUAUUUCCACACCAGAAGAGUUUGUUCGUCGAUUUGAUGGACGUAAAGUCAUCAAAACGGUUCUUAUUGCUAAUAAUGGUAUAGCUGCUGUCAAAUGUAUGCGAUCUAUUCGUCGUUGGGCUUAUGAAAUAUUCCGCAAUGAAAGAGCCAUUAGAUUUGUCGUCAUGGUUACACCAGAAGAUCUUAAGGCCAACGCCGAAUAUAUUAAGAUGGCUGAUCAUUAUGUGCCUGUCCCAGGAGGACCAAAUAAUAAUAACUAUGCUAACGUUGACUUGAUUGUCGAUAUAGCCAUAAGAAUGAAAGCUCAAGGUGUUUGGGCCGGUUGGGGACAUGCUAGCGAAUAUCCAAGAUUACCUGAACUUUUAAAUAAAGCUGGAAUUGCGUUCAUGGGUCCACCUCAUCAUGCUAUGUGGGCUUUAGGAGACAAGAUUGCUUCCUCGAUAGUUGCUCAAACAGCGAGGGUACCAACUCUUUCCUGGAGUGGAAGUGGCCUUGUAGAUUCCAACUACGUCGAGGGUAAACCGAUUAAAAUAUCUGCAGAUCUUUAUCGUAAAGGUUGCGUCUCUGAUGAAGUCGAAGGUCUUGAGGCAUCAUAUAAAAUAGGUUUUCCGGUUAUGAUAAAGGCUUCUGAAGGUGGUGGUGGUAAAGGUAUCCGUAAAUGUGAAUCAGCUGAUGAAUUUUCAAUCAAAUUUCGCCAAGUGCAAAAUGAAGUUCCUGGAUCACCUAUUUUCAUUAUGAAACUAGCUACUUGUGCUCGCCAUUUAGAGGUCCAACUUCUUGCCGAUCAGUACGGUAAUGCAAUAUCACUUUUUGGACGUGAUUGUUCAAUUCAACGUCGUCAUCAGAAAAUUAUUGAAGAAGCACCAUGUGUAAUUGCAAAUGAGGAAGCUUUUGCUGAAAUGGAAGAAGCUGCUGUUAGGUUGGCCAAGAUGGUUGGCUACGAAUCAACUGGGACAGUUGAAUAUCUUUAUGACCCGGCGGAAAAUAAAUUUUACUUUCUUGAACUUAAUCCUCGUCUUCAAGUUGAACAUCCAUGUUCUGAAAUGGUUUCUGACGUCAAUUUGCCUGCUUGUCAACUACAGAUAGCUAUGGGGCUUCCUCUGUACAGAAUUAAAGACAUUCGUUUGUUGUACGGUGAACCCCCUCUCAAUGAUAAUCCAAUUGACUUCAAAUUAGGACGUGCUCAACCCUGGGGCCAUGUUAUUGCAGCCCGAAUCACAUCAGAAAAUCCUGAUGAAGGUUUCAAGCCAUCAAGUGGAACGGUUCAAGAGCUCAAUUUUAGGAGCAACAAAAAUGUUUGGGGUUAUUUCAGUGUUGGUGCUUCUGGAGGUUUACACGAGUUUGCUGAUUCACAAUUUGGACAUUGUUUCUCUUGGGGUGAAGAUCGAGAGCAAGCAAGAGAAAAUCUUGUUAUAGCUUUGAAAGAAUUAUCCAUUCGUGGUGAUUUUCGUACUACUGUUGAAUAUCUGAUUACUUUAUUAGAAACGGAAGCUUUCCAGAAAAAUGAAAUUGACACUGGCUGGUUAGAUAAAUUAAUCUCUGAACGUGUUCAAAGUGACAAGCCUAAGACAAGUCUUGCCCUUAUUUGUGGUUCUAUUCAUGUUGCUGAUGCUCAAUUUUCUGGUAAUUGGCAAAAUUUUGAAAGUUCUUUACAGAAAGGCCAAAUUCCGCAUGCUACGACUUUAACAAAUUCCGUUAAUGUUGAACUAAUCUACGAAAAUGUAAAGUAUUUGUUUAAUGUUGCUAAAAGUGGGCCCAACAGUUAUUUUGUAGUUCUCAAUGAUUCCUACAAAGAGGUUGAAGUUCACCAAAUGUCAGAUUCGGGUUUACUCUUAUCUGUUGAUGGAUCUUCAAUUGUUACUUACAUGAAAGAAGAAAUUGACCAAUAUCGAGUAAUUGUUGCCAAUCAAACGUGUGUCUUCAGCAAAGAAAAUGAUCCAACUAUACUGCGUUCUCCAUCUCCCGGUAAACUUCAACAAUUUUUAGUGGAAGAUGGGUCUCACGUAAGUGCAGGUCAACCGUAUGCUGAAAUUGAGGUCAUGAAAAUGAUAAUGACAUUAACAACUUCAGAAAGUGGAAUAAUUCGACAUGCUAAACGAUUUGGUUCAGUUCUGGAAGCGGGUUGUAUCUUGGCUCGCCUUGAUCUUGAUGAUCCAACCAAAGUAAGAAGAGCUGAAUUAUACUCAGAGGGUUGGCAAGAAUUGAUGGCUCGCGAUAUUGUGGGAAAAAAUCCUAGUGAAACUGAUUCUGCUCACCCUCAAAAGCUCAAUGUUACCUUUUCAUCUGUUAAAUCUCAUUUGGAAAAUUUUUUAGCUGGUUACGUUUUACCAGAGCCUUUUUAUACAACCAAGAUGCAAGAAAAUGUUACCCUUUUUAUGCGAUGUCUUAAAGAUCCACAACUUCCUCUACUUGAAUUACAAGAUAUUAUUUCAUCUCAAAGUGGUCGAAUUCCUCCUUCUGUGGAAAGUUCAAUUAAAAAAUUGAUGCAAAAAUAUGCCAAGAAUAUAACCGCUGUGUUACAAAUAUUCCCGUCCCAAGAAAUUGCCUCUGUCAUUGACAGUUAUGCGGCAACAUUGGAGAAACGAAGUGAUCGUGAUGUUUUUUUCCUCAAUACUCAAGGAAUUGUUCAAUUAGUACAACGUUAUCGUAAUGGUAUUCGUGGUCGUUUAAGAAGUUGUGUUCAAGAUUUACUUAAAAAUUACAUUGACGUUGAACAACAUUUUCAAGCUGGAGAUUACGAUAAAUGCGUAUCAGCAUUGACUGAAAAAUAUAAAGAUGAAGGAAUGAGCAAAGCAGUUGCAAAUAUAUUCUCCCACUUGAAUGUUGCAAAAAAGAAUCAACUUAUCAUCAAGCUUAUCGAUCAUCUAGCAGGACAAGAGCCAGGAUUAACUGAAGAGCUCAGUAAUAUUCUCAAUGCUUUAACCGCGUUGAACAGGAGUGAAAACGUUAAAGUUGCAUUGAGAGCUAGACAGGUACUCAUCUCUGCUCACCAACCACCAUACGCUCUACGAUUUAGUCAAAUGGAAGCAAUGUUUCUCUCGGUCAUUGAUAUGUACUCACAUGAAUUUGAUGCAAACAAUAUGAAUAAGUUAAUUAUCAGUGAGACAUCUAUUUUUGAUGUUCUCCAUCAAUUCUUCUACCAUUCCAAUAUAGUUGUUAGAAAAGCUUCUCUUGAGGUUUAUGUUCGCCGGGCGUAUAUUUGCUAUGAAAUGGUUGCUCUUCAACACCUUUUUAUUCGAAACAGUCCAAAUGACUCUGGUUCAAUCGAGUUAUCAAACAGUUAUGCUGAACAAAAUGAUUCUGUUAUACCAACAGCAGUUUUCCACUUUAUACUUCCUUCGUCACAUCCAUCAAUUGCCUCACAACCUCAAUCACAAAAUACCGAGGGCUUAUCAAAUAAUUUUUCUGGCGAAUCAAGUGCUCAUUUACAUUCCAAUUACAGAAUAGGUGUAAUAGCUGCCUUCAAAAAUUUAGAACAUGUUGAGGAACAUUUUGAUAGUUUACUUAACGCUUUAACUGACUUCGAUAAAGAUUUGGCAGCUGAACAUUUUGACGCACCAGAAUCUAAUCACCAAUCAUCAUCUCCUAGUGAUAAAGGCUCAAGCGAUAUGAAUGGUUACAAUGGUCCAGAUACUGAAGAGUCUCAAAAUAAAGAGUCAAAUGAACCCAUACAUAUCAUAAAUAUUGCAAUUAAACCUGAAGGUGCUGAUGAUGAAAUUUUGUCUAAAAAAUGUGAAGCUUUCUGUCAAAGCAGAAGUAAAUUACUUAUUGAACGUGGAGUUCGACGAGUAACAUUCAUUGUCUGUAAUCUUUACUGCUUCCCAAGAUAUUUCACUUACAGACAGCGUGAUGGUUUCACAGAAGAUAGAAUCUACCGACAUCUUGAGCCUGCACUGGCUUUCCAAUUAGAAAUCAAUCGAUUAAGAAACUACGAUUUGGAAGCUAUUCCUACUGCCAAUCAACGAAUGCAUUUAUAUCUUGGAAAAGCAAAAUCAACUCAUACAAAACAGUUAAUAGAUUACAGAUUUUUCAUUCGCACAAUCAUAAGACAUUCAGAUUUGAUAACUAAAGAAGCAAGUUACGAAUUUCUACAAAAUGAAGGCGAAAGAUUUUUACUUGAGGCCUUAGAUGAAUUAGAAGUUGCAUUUACCCAUCCUGCUGCCAAACAAACAGAUUGUAAUCAUAUAUUUUUAAACUUUGUUCCUAAAGUUACCAUGGAUCCUUUAAGAAUAGCAGAAAAUGUUAAAAAUACAGUUAAAAAUUAUGCCUCUCGUUUGAGGAAACUUCGAGUUCUACAAGCUGAACUGAGAAUGAGGAUAAGAAUGACCACCAAUGGUAAAUGUACACCUUUCCGAUUAUAUGUUUCAUAUGAAUCGGGCUACUCAUUAGCUAUUCAUCUUUACAAGGAAACUCGUGAUCCUGCUUCAGGAUUAACUAAAUUUGAAGCAUGGGGUGCACCUUAUUAUGAACCAGGACCCUUAAAUGACCAGCCAAUUUCCUCUCCAUACCGAACUAAAGAUUAUUUACAAUCUAAAAGAUUUCUUGCUCAAAGUAACGGAACUACUUAUAUUUACGAUUUUCCUGUCAUGUUUCAAACCGCACUUACACAAAUAUGGAGGGAAUAUUUAAAAUCUAAAGAAGACUAUGAACUUGAAAUGCCCAAAACAGUUUUAUCUUAUGUAGAACUUGUUGUUGACUUUUCAACUGGUAAAAUGACUGAACAAAAUCGUCAACCCGGUGAAAAUGAAUGUGGAAUGGUUGCUUGGCAUUUCACUCUAUUUACUCCUGAGUAUCCUGAGGGUCGAGAUAUUAUUGUUAUUGGUAACGAUAUUACCCAUCAACUGGGUAUAUUUGGUCCCCGUGAAGAUAUUGCUUUUAACCUUGCCAGUGUUCGAGCUCGAGAAUUGGGCAUACCACGUAUCUACAUUUCAGCUAACAGUGGAGCAAAGAUUGGUCUUGCCGAAGAAGUUAAAAGUAUUUUUGAAAUUUGUUGGAUUGAUAAAAAUAUUCCAGAUAAAGGAUUCCAUUACCUCUAUUUAAGUCCAGAAAAUUAUAAGAAAAUUGAAAAAUCAAUUAAUGCAGAAUUGAUUGAAGAUGAAGGGGAACAGAGAUACAAAAUUUUAGAUAUUGUUGGUAAAGAAGAAGGUUUGGGAGUAGAAAAUCUUAAAUAUGCUGGUUUAAUUGCCGGAGAAACAUCCAGAGCAUAUCAAGAAGUAAUAACUAUAACAAUGGUAACGUGUCGUGCAAUUGGAAUUGGUUCCUACUUAGCUCGUUUAUCUCAACGUAUUGUCCAACUUGAAAGUUCACACAUAAUUCUUACUGGACAUGCAUCACUGAACAAGGUGCUUGGAACUGAAGUUUACUCAUCAAAUAAUCAAUUAGGAGGAACUCAAAUCAUGUUUGCCAACGGAGUUAGCCAUGCGAAAGCUAAAGAUGAUUUAGAAGCUAUUCUAGUGAUAUUAGAUUGGCUUUCAUACGCUCCGAAAAAACGAGAAAAGGCAACUAAAUUGGUCAAUUUAACUAAAAUAAAGCCAGCGCCUUUACCGAUAAUGGAACCGACUGAUAUAAUUGAUCGUGAUGUUGUCUAUUGUCCCACAAGUUCGCCUUAUGAUCCUCGAUGGAUUUUGAAUGGACGCGAAUCACCGCAAGGAGUUUGGGAAGAAGGUUUCUUUGACAAAGGUUCAUUCCAUGAAAUUAUGGCAGGUUGGGCUAAAACGGUUGUUGUUGGGCGAGCUCGUCUUGGUGGUAUUCCUGUAGGUGUUAUAUCUGUAGAAGUUCGUAAAACUGAAGUUAUAAUUCCUGCUGAUCCUGCUAAUCCAACUUCCGAAACAAAAGUUCAAUCUCAAGCUGGUCAAGUAUGGUUCCCUGACAGUGCGUUCAAAACUGCUCAAGCUAUCAAUGAUUUCAAUCGUGAAGGCUUACCAUUAAUGAUUUUUGCUAAUUGGAGAGGUUUUUCUGGGGGUAUGAAGGAUAUGUAUGAUCAAAUUCUGAAAUUUGGUGCUCAAAUCGUAGAUGCUCUUGUAGCCUACAAUCAACCAAUUAUUGUUUAUAUUCCUCCUUAUGCUGAAUUACGUGGUGGAGCUUGGGCUGUUGUUGAUACCACAAUUAACCCUCGACACAUGGAGAUGUAUGCUGAUCCUGAUAGUCGUGGUGGUGUUAUCGAGCCAGAAGGUUCAGUCGAAAUCAGAUUUAGAAUUAAAGAUCAAAUAAAAGCUAUGCACAGAAAUGACGUUAUCUGUAAAAAGAUUAUUGCUGAAAUUAACAAAACAACCGAUCCUGCGGUAAAGAAAAAACUCGAAAGACAAUUGAAUGAUAGAGAGCAACAAAUCAAAGGUGCAUAUCAUAUUGUUGCUACAUAUUUUGCUGAUUUACAUGACAAACCGUACAAUAUGUUGAUGAGGAAAGCUAUUAGAGGUAUCAUUCCAUGGCAUAGGUCACGUUAUUAUUUCUAUUGGAGAUUAAGACGCCUUUCUGUUGAAGAGAUAUUGAAGUGUGAUUUGGAAUCAAUUGAUGGAUCCAUGACCAUUGAACAAAUAAAUAAUUUGAUGGAAAAAUGGUUCUAUGCGGACCAAAAAAAUACACAGACUCAACUUUGGAAUGAUGAUAAAUUUGUUGCUGAAUGGUUACAAAUGCAAUUGGAUGACCCAGCAUCUCUUGUCAAUGAAAAUCUUAAAGAGUUACGACUCAAUAAUUUUUCACAAGUAGUUGAAAGUGUCUGUGAACAAUUCUUACCAAAAGGACUCACAAGCGAAGAUAGCCUUAGAGUUGCCGAUUGUUUAAGAACGUUGACAGAUAAAUUAAAGACUAAAGUGGUCUUCAGUAACAAACAUAGUGAUAUCGAAAAGGAGGCGACAAAUGACGGGCAAAGUGUUGAAUCGACAAGCAAUGGUGUUGGAAAUGGAUCGUCAAAGUGAUUUUUUUUGGAUUUUUUUGAAAGUUAGUAGCGGGCAGAGAAAAUUUUUUUAGGCCAUAAAAAUCAGAGAUGUCACCAAAAAUUACAGCGUUUUAUUAACAUUUUUGUUAUGAUUUAACUACAUUAAAGCGACAAAAUAAUAAACAAUUUGUUGUUUUUGCUUUAA